CGAGUUCCUCGUUCCUAGCUUCACUAAAAUACAAGUUUGCCGUACACUUCUUGGUUGACUCCUGUUCAUCAUGCGACUCUAAGUCAAAUACAGAAGUUUCUCAGAAACCUAAGAUGGAAGCAGAUGAGCUAUUGCAUAUAUAGGGAGCUUUCUCUUUCUUAACCAGCCUGUUCUCGUUCUCUAUCAUUCAUAUUCCAUCUAUCCCUCGCUCCUUCCUUCACCACUUCACACUCCCCUUCGCUCAUUUUUGGAGCUCUCCAGAUCUUGUCUCUCCCACAGCCAUGGUAGAGAAGGUGACCAGAAUGUUGAUAAAGGUGGAUUUGCAGUGCUCGCGCUGCUACAAGAAGAUCAAGAAACUUCUCUGUAAAUUUCCCCAAAUCCGAGACCAGAUAUACGAUGAAAAGCAGAACAUGGUGUUGAUCGCUGUGGUGUGCUGCAGCCCGGAGAAGAUCCGGCAGAAGAUCAUCUGCAAGGGCGGCGAGACGGUGCUGAGCGUCGAGAUCCUGCCCGACAAGUCCAAGGAACCUGAGAAGAAGCCCGAGAAGCAAGAGAAACCAAAGGAUACCAAGAAGCCCAAGGACGUGAUCAUUGAGCCGCCGAAAGGAGAUGCCAAACCGCCUGCUCCUAAGCCGGAUCAAGCACCACCCCCGGAAAACCCCCAACCUGCUCCACCGAAGCCUCCUCAGCAGCCGCCCGCGCAGCCACGCCCGAAGGCGCCAACGCCGAUGGUGGGCUUCCCGCCAGUGCCAGCUUAUCCGAUGGUGCCGGUGUAUCCGAUGGUAGGGGUGUGCUGUUGUCCACCAUAUUAUGGAGGGUAUGGUGGGGGACCAUGCUUUUGUGGCCGGAGGAGGCCAGCGAUGUGCUAUGACGGAUGUGGAAGACCAGCUGAUGAGUGUCAAGGUGGGAACAGAGGUUUCUUUCCUGGGCAGGGGUGGCCAGGGAUGUGCUAUGAUGGAUGUGGAAGACCAGCUGAUCAGUGUCAAGGUGGGAACAGAGGUUCCUUUCCUGGGCUGGGGAGGCCAGUGAUGUGCGAUGAUGGAUGUGGAAGACCGGCUUGCGAGUGUCCGGGUGGCAACAGAGGUUACCGCGUGAGCCGAUGUGAUUACUUUAGCGAAGAAAAUGCCACUGGGUGCACCGUCAUGUGAUCGAGUUCCAAAUUUCUCGUGUUAAUUACUACUCGUAGUAACUUGGUGAAAGAUACAUAAGUCAAUUUUUUAGGGCUAUCCUGGGGUCUUUAUCUUUGUGGGUAUAGAAAGAUUGAUGAGGUUGGUGGUCUAGUAUGGUGGUAUCUGUGGUCUAAUGUGUUCAACACAUAGACUUGUUGCUUGUUGAUUUCUUCAUUUCAAUAAAUUUGAGUCCCUUUCAUGUC